UGUGCCUUAAAGCGGUUUACAAACUACCAGAAAACGUAAAAAAGAAGAUGAUCGUCUUGAGAAGAAGUAACAGGAAAAUCCAUAGAAAACAAUUGUGCAAUACUAUUGUAAAGAUGGAGUUUAAAGAGGAGACUGAAGAUAUGAAUGAUCCAGAACCAUCCAGAAUAAAACAUGAAGAUACUGAGAAACAAAUAGACUGGACAGAGAUGAAACCACAAAGACACAAACUUAAUGAUGCAGAAAAGGAAUGCCACAACAUCACAACUCAAAGAACAAAAGCUAAUAAGCACACCUGCUCUCAGUGUGGUAAGAGUUUCCAAAAUAAAGGAGACCUAAAUGUACACAUGAGAGUUCACACUGGAGAGAAACCGUAUACAUGUACUCAGUGUGGAAAGCGUUUCCAAAAUAAAGGAAACCUUAACAAACACACAAGAGUUCACACUGGAGAGAAACCAUAUACAUGCUCUCAGUGUGGAAAGAGUUUCAGACAAAGAGGAAACCUUAAUGCACACAUAAGAAUUCACACUGGAGUGAAACCAUUUAACUGUGAUCAGUGUGGUAAACAUUUUCAAUUAUCUAAACAUUUAAAACAACACUUGAAGGUUCAUUCAGAUGAGAGGCCUUAUGCGUGUUCUUUCUGUGGAAAGAGAUUUUCACGACUGGAUAACUGUAAACAGCACCAGAAAACUCAUAAUGAAGUGAGAGAUCAUGUGUGUUUGAACUGUGGGAAGAGCUUUACUAGAGCUGAAAAUCUGAAACAGCACAAAAGAAUUCAUACUGGAGAAAAACCUUACAAGUGCUCAUAUUGUGAAAAGAGUUUCACUCUGACUGGACGCCUGAAAAUACAUGAGCGAGUUCAUACUGGAGAGAAGCCGUACCACUGUACUCAGUGUGAGAAGAGUUUCAUAAGUGCCAAAGGUCUCAGAUAUCAUCUGUAUAUUCACACUGAAGAAAAACCAUUCAACUGUGAUCAUUGUGAUAAAAAGUUUAAAACAUUAUCAAAUCUAAACCUACACCUGAAAGUUCAUUCAGAUGAGAGGCCUCACUUGUGUCCUUUUUGUGGAAAGAGUUUUUCAAGGCUGAUCACUUGUAAACUGCACCAAAGAAUUCAUACUGGAGAAAAACCUUACAAGUGCUCAUCUUGUGACAAAAGUUUCACUCAUUCUGGAAACCUGAAAACACAUGAGCGACUUCAUACUGGAGAGAAGCCACGUUGCUGCACUCAGGAGAGAAUUUCACCCAAUCAAAAACUCUAGUGAUUCAUAUUAAGAAACAUUGUUACACUGAAUAAAUGUUAUCCUCAGAUCUAAUGCUUUCAGGUAAAUAAUGUGAGAUUCAGAUAAAGUAAAUGAAUAGAAAUGCCACAACAUUUGUAGAGAUGUUUUUCUGUUUUGUUGUACACUAUGUCGAGGAACAACAUAUGAAUUCAAUCACUUUAAUUUAUUAAUUUUAAUUUUAAUUAAUUCUUAAUUUAUCUAUGUAAAUUUAGAGACUGGAAAUAAAUGUAACGUAAACCUACAAAAUUAUUAGUAUUCACAUUUAUUCUUUUGAUAAAUGUCUUUUUUAUUAGUCUUAUUAAUCUCUAUAAAUUCUAGUCAUUGAUAGUGUAUUCAUGUAAUCAGCAUUAAUUGUUAUAUUCCUUAUGCUGCAUAAUUAUUUUUUACAUGUUUUUAAUUUCUUUAAUCAUUUAUAUAUAGAUUUUACUAUAUGCUGAUGUGUUUAUUUCCAAAUGUUUCUCUUCUUUGCUGAAAGAUCGAGUGGGUGUAUUUUCCAUCAGAAUUGAUAAAGUGAUGUACGUUUGUAUCAAAACAGA